GGAUGAGGGUUGGAUGUCUGCAGAGAAACCUGCAAUACUUUACACCACAUAACCGGCAGCGUUAACCCCCCGCGUUGAAGAUGGGCCAGUGUGGCAUCACGUCCUCAAAGACGGUCCUGGUUUUUCUGAACCUGAUAUUUUGGGCUGCUGCUGGUAUCUUGUGCUAUGUUGGAGCUUAUGUCUUCAUUACAUUUGAUGACUACGAUCACUUCUUUGAGGAUGUGUACACAUUCAUUCCAGCAGUGACCAUUAUUGCAGUUGGAGCCCUCCUUUUCAUUAUUGGGCUCAUUGGAUGCUGUGCUACAGUGAGAGAGAGCUCCUGUGGUCUUAAAACGUUUGUCGCCAUUCUCUUGCUGGUUUUCAUCUCAGAAGUGGCUGUGGUGGUUCUCGGAUAUGUUUACAGAGCAAAGGUUGAAAAAGAAGUAAAUGUUUCUAUCAAGAAAGUGUAUGAUGAGUACAAUGGCACCAACAGCAAUGCCCAGAGCCGUGCCAUUGACUACAUUCAGAGACAGCUUCUGUGUUGUGGGAUCCACAAUUACUCAGACUGGCGGAAUACACACUGGUAUGAAGAAUCCAAAAACAACAGCGUACCCAUCAGCUGUUGCAAAACAAACUUUGGAAGCUGCACGGGGUCCCUCACUCAUCCUGAAGAUCUCUACCAAGAAGGUUGUGAAGCUCUGGUUGUGAAGAAGUUGGAGGAGAUCAUGAUGUAUGUCAUUUGGACUGCACUGACAUUUGCUGUAAUGCAGAUGCUGGGGAUGUUGUGUGCGUGCAUCGUUCUGUGCCGCAGAGCCAGAGAUCCUGCCUAUGAGCUUCUUAUUACAGGAGCCACCUAUGCAUAAAGGAGAAUACAUUUCUCACAUUGGAGAGAGCAUGAACACAAUAUAUUACCACACUAACCUUAAACAACAACCACACUAAAGUUCUAUAUUGUACCUGUUUUUCCAAAAAUUAAAGCUAUAGACCAAAUUCUUAAAUGGUCAAUGCAAACGAGAUGUAGAAAACAUUCUGAUGCUGAGGAUGGCAUGGGGGUGUAAAACAUAUAUAUAUAUUUAAAUCUGUGCUAUACUUGCAUGACAUUUGAAUAAAAUUAAAUGUACCUUCACUGCUACUACUAUUCUACUCGUAUGACUAUUACAGCUCCGUUUUGGUUUAAACCUUUCAGCAGCAGUAUUCUGUCAAGAAACAGUGGACACCACAGCCCAAGAUAAUGACAAGUUAUUGCAUGUACAAUGUGUAACUUAACUGGCGUUGGCUAAUCUGAUGUUUUUUUUAAAGAAUCAAUCUCUAUAAUCCUCUUCCGUGUGUGGGGUUUUUCAAGUAGUAAUGUAUUCAUAACUCAAGUUAGACUUUGUCCUAUAGCUGUUUUGUUUGUUUUUGGCUCAGCACUCCAGUCCUGGUAGUUUAAGAAUUUGAUUUGCUGAUGUGUUCCAAUAGCAAGACUCAAUAAUGUAAAUAAAAGGUGGGGAAUUAAAUGAG